GCCGCUGCCCGCGCCGGCCGGCGUGCUGCACGCCGUGCUGCGCUACUUCCGCUGGGCGCACGUGGCCGUGGUGGCCGCGCCGCAGGACCUGUGGGUGGACACCGGGCACGAGGUGGCCAGGGAGCUGAGGGCCAGGGGGCUGCCGGUCAGCGUGGUCACCGUGGCCGGAGAGGAGGAGGAGGAGGCCGAGCAGGCGCUGAGGAGGGUCCAGAGGGCGGACGGGGUCAGAGUGGUGCUGAUGUGCAUGCACUCCGUGCUGCUGGGCGGCCGCGAGCAGAAGGUUCUCCUGGAGAAGGCCGAGGACCUGGGCAUGACGGACGGCACCUUCGUCUUCGUGCCGUACGACGCGCUGACCUUCGCGCUGCCCUACCGCCGCGUGCCCUACCCCGUGCUGGCCAACAACACCAAGCUGCGCCUGGCCUACGACGCCGUGCUGACCAUCACCAUCGACUCGCCCGACGCCUCCUUCCACGAGGCCCUGGAGGAGGCCAAGGCCGCCUACGAGGUCCCCGCCAACCUCGACCCCGCCGAGGUCCACCCGCUCUUCUCCACCAUCUACAACUCCAUCUACUUCCUGGCCACGGCGGUGGAGGCGGCGCGCCGCAGCGGCCGCUGGGUGAUGGGCACCAGCGUGGCCGACCACGCCCGCGACUUCCAGCUCCAGGGCUUCUGCCAGACCUUCACCGUGGACCGGGACGGCGACGUCUCGGUGCCCUACGUGGUGCUGGACACGGACGGCAAGGGCCACCACCUGUGGGCGGUCUACGGGCUGGAGCCGGGCACGCGCGGCCUCAGCUACCGCAGCCACAGCCCCCACUGGCCCCACAGCGCCAGCCCGGCCACCGACGCCGGCUGCUGGUUCGACUCCGGCGCCAUCUGCAACGGCGGGAUGGACGCCGGCUUCGUCUUCUUCCUCUUCCUCCUCAUCGCCGCCCUCAUCGCGGCCGGCGCCGCCCUGGCCUGCCACAUCAGGUGGGUGGCCCUGGUGGCCCCA